UGAAACUCAGUGCAUAAGGGGUAAUUUACAAGACAAAAAACAACCUUAACAUUCCAUUGCUUUUCGAGAACAUAGUACUUGGAAGAAUCAAAAAAUCGGAUCCUUUAGGUCAAAAGCUUUAUGUUUGAGCACCACGCCAACAUAUUCCAUUCGAAAUUCAGAAAUAGGUCUUUGUUCUGUGUUCCGGGAGAUUUAAUGUGGUUUAUUCGAGCGAUUCGUGUUAGGCGACAGCCGGAAUAUAUAUUAUCACGCAUUUUUACCUAUAAAAGUCCGUAGCUAUUCUUCUUCUCGCAUUAAUGUUCUAGUUGUCUUGACAUUUCUGUGACUGUGAAAAUUUCUUCACCAUUUUUCGGCUGACACUGUUUCUGGUGAAUCCACUUUGCAGUCGUCUACAAUGUUCUCCACUUUCAAUUUUAUGGCGUUAUUUGCUUGUUUAUUCUUCAGUGCAGUAAACUCUUUCCCUGGAAUACAAAAUCAGUUGCAAGAGAAAGAUCGAAAGAUAACUGGAAAUUCGAGACCGGAAAGGAUUGAAGUGGAAGUUACUUCUUUUCCUCCCAAGCCUUACCAGUUUGGCUAUGAACUGGAAGAUGGUUUUGGGAUGAGCCAAUAUCGCAAUGAGGCUUCCGAUGGCACAGGUGUUGUGAAAGGUAGCUACGGUUACAUGGAUCCUACGGGAAUUUACAGGAAAGUAGAAUAUACUGCAGAUGACAACGGAUACAGGGCAGUCAUCCGCAGCAAUGAGCCUGGAACAGCAAAUCAGAAUGUUGCAGAUGCCUUAUUCAUCGUUGAGCCAACCCCGACAGGUAUUGUUCGACAAGAUAUACAGAAUGAAAUAUCGCCUAGAGAUAAUAAAGCUUAAUACAUUCGCAGUAUGAAAAUGUAUGAAAUUUCUGUUAAUAGUGCCAAUAAUAUAUAGCAGUAAUAAAAAUCAGAAUAUCAUUUUUACAUUGGAUUAUUAUUUUCCCAAAGAAAUGAAAGAAUGUGGUAAAUAUUUAUUAUUCAUUGCAUGUUUCCCUAAAAACUAAGAAUCAAAAUAUUCGAAUACAAGCUUUAACAAAAUAAAUUCAGUGAAAUUUGUAUACUUUUAUCUUAAUUAGUUAACACUAUUUUAACAAGAUGCAUUUGGAAAAAGCAUACAUAAAUUUAAUCUUGAAAAAUUAAUUCUGAAUGCAAUUAAAAUGUUUCAAAAUAUCGAGCUAAAUUUUUUUAAGAUGAAUAACAAUUUUUAUCAUGAAAUUCUUUUAAACUGUUUCAAGUCUGGAAGACGAAUUACGUACAUUUGUAAAAAAUGCAUUUAUAGUUAAUUUUAGCAGCAUGCAUUACCCUUUAAUUGAGUUAAAUUACCUGUAUGAAACAGUAUAGGUCUGCAUCUACGGUUAUCAACUAUCAAAUAUUGUUUUAGAUAAUGGUAUACUAUUAAUUUCAUACUAUUUGCUUCUUUUUUAAAAUGAAAUGUAUGUUUUUCAAAGAAAUUCCUACUAAUUCAAGUUUGGAUAAGGAACUUUUAUUCUACAAGAUUUU